ACAAAAAUACAUUUUUAAAUCUAUUAACACUAUUAGAGACAUCUAUUAACUACAUUUUUAAAUUUACGAACUAAACAUAAAAACUAGCCUAAAUAAAUACGUCUGUGCAAGAAAGAGGUAACUCGUUUAGAAGAGUGUUGUCGUAGACGAAGCUUAUACCGCUCAUACGCGUUUAUUUUAUGAGUGUAUUUUAAGUUUGAUUUUUAAUCGCGAUGGUUAUAAAAAUUAAAAACUUCUGAAGGGACGGAAUGGUUUAAACGAGGAACAGGUAUACGAUUAAGUUCAAGAAAGUGUGACAUGUCAGUUAAAAAUGGCUGGCUGACCUUGAUCUUGAGGGAUGCAUAUUCUUCGGUAUUAGAAGUUUAGGAAUCUCGGGAAAUUUAGUGCUCGGGUCCUUCGGGAACAGGAUGGAAAUUGGACUCGAACUCAGACUUAGAUGGUAUACGAAGAAGAAACGUGAAAUAAAAAUGAAACUCCUAAUAGUAAUCUGUUGCUUCUUGAGCCUUGUAUUUGUUCAAAGUGAGGAAAUACAACGAGCAGUCACGAUUAAAACUGAAGAACAAUCGGACAUUUCAGCAUACCUUGCAGAUAUUUACGAUGCUAUUGAAUACGCUUACGAAAAUGGUAGUGGUUCUGAAGGUAGAAUGGACGCUUUGGAUCAGUAUUUAUUAUACAGGACUGAAGUACCAAAAAAAUGGAUUUGUAUUGAAAACGCCGAUGGACUUUCGCAUUUAUCCUCAGAAUUUUAUGGUUAUUUCAAGGUUACUAAAACUCUUUUAACUUACAGCGUUAAACUUAUUUGUUUAGAUUGUGAAUAAUAAUUAAGAUUUUUAAAUGUAUAAAAAAUACUUAAAUAAAUAUGUUUGUAUAAGAAG